AUGAAGACGUAUUCGGCCAUCGGGUUCCUCGUUGCAGCGUGUCGCGUCUAUCAAGCCUCAGCAUCUAGCAACGUUGUCAAGUGGAUACCUGAAACCGGGCAGCCUGUCGACGUUGUGCUGAGGGCACUUGACAUCACCAUGGACGAGCUGAAGGCUCUGAACCCCUACAGUGACCUUUCGGUGGCGGAGGAAGGGCGCACUUACAAUGUACCGUACAAGGAGCAACCCCUUUUCGGCUCGUGGGAUAUUGACUGCACACAUUUGCUUCGGAUCCCCUCUUAUCCAAGUAUAGCCAUCCCCCAUACACCCACAGUCAGAGGAUCCGUACCAACAGCCAGCGAUAAACAUUUCGGAAAGCCACGAGUCAGUACAUGUAAAUAUUCUAUUCCUGGCACUGGCGCCAUCGUACAACCGACUACUACAAGAAACGAGGGUCAAGAAGGAGGCAGCAUCGGACCUUCAAACAACUCACCGACAAGCAUAACCCCAAGCUUUCCAUCACCCUCCGACAUUUACAGUUCCUAUGACAGACCAACGUCCUGUGAUAAGAAAAUUCAUGCCACAAUCGAAACAUUUGUUACUUCUACAAGGAGCGUCUCAGAGGCGACGACGUUGGACGGAAAGACAGAAGACAGCGCGACGACUUUGGAUCAAGGGACAAGUACUUCUAUGGAUGUUCGUUCGCAGAGUCCCACAGAUAGUCCGACUCGAACGAAAAAUUCCGGACUUGGAUCUGUAUUCGAGGACGUAAAGUCACAAUUGGAGAAGGAUGAGACAUUUUUUGGUACAGUGACAUCCACGGAUCUUACUACUGAAACAAUGACCAGAAGCACAGAAGCUUCCACAACAGUAUUCGCAACCGAGCAGAGCAAAGGAACAUCGACAACAGAUGCGGAAGGCACAAAGGACAAGGUUUACAUAACGUCGACAGUUGAUAUAGUAAAAAAAGUCAGUCUCACAAGCCCUUCACCCGGGCAAACAGCACUACCGUCACCAACUUGUGAAGACGAGAAAGACUUUCAAGGCCACGCCAACAUCCAUGAAGAACGCGUGAGACGAACUGCUUUUGAAUGGUGUGCCUCGCCAGAUGUUGCAGGGCUCAUGAGUGGUGAUGAUGAAUGCGUGGUAGGCGUACAGAGUGACCAGUGGGAUGUCCUUUAUGAGUACUCCAUAUGUUGGGCGAGCCACUGCGUGGGUGAGCCUCAAGACAGGUGGAAGCCCCUUGGAGACAAAGGGCCUAGGUGCAAAGACAUCUUUCACCACAGCUGGAAAGCUUGCAAUAACGGAGGCGUGGGAGGGCUAGUCCAGGCCGGCUGCCUGAACUAUAGCAUACGGGCUGGAGUUGGCAAGAGUCAAGGCUACCGAUGA